AUGAAGUCAACGACAGCAUCCCUCAUCAUCGCUCUGGCCUCGACGGCCAUUGCCCAGCCUCAUGGCCACCACCAGCACCAACACCCGGCACGCGCUGCCCACCAGCACCACCACAAGCGCGACCUCGUCACCGAGUGGGACACCGUCUGGGUCACUGAGACCGUGACAGAGCUCAUCGACGACACCACCACCGAGUGGAUCAGCCCUACACACAGCGCAAGCACUCCGUCGACCACCCUGGCCACCGUCACAUCAUCGGACGGCGGCGAGUUCUUCGAGGGCUCCUCGGCUACUCCCUCCAGCACUCCCCAGCAGGUUGUUGCCCCGCCACCUGCCGUUGAGACCCCCAGCUCGGCUGCAGCAGUUGUUGCACCUGCUCCCGAGCCCACCACCAGCAGCAGCUCCACGUCAGUCUACGUCGCUCCCCAGCCCACCGUCGCGCCCGUGGAGUCCCCCGCCCCGGCAGCUGCUCAGGUUGAGAGUUCCGCUGCCCCCUCCGUCGCGGCCGUGCAGACCCCAGCCGCAUCUGCCGACACCGGCAGCACUGUCAGCACAAACACCAACGCCGCCUCCGUCCUGGGUUCCGGCUUCCUGUCCGGCGAUCUGACAUACUACGCGGUGGGGCUCGGUGCCUGCGGUGAGGACGACAGCGGCAAGGACAUGAGCGAGAACAUCGUCGCCAUGUCGUCCGCGGUCAUGGGCUCGCAGUCCAACGGCAACCCCAUGUGCGGCAAGAGCAUCAAGAUCUACAACAGCGCCAACGGCAAGACCUCGACUGGUGUCGUCCGCGACAAGUGCCCCAGCUGCGUGAAGGGCAGCAUCGACGUGUCGCAGAAGCUGUUCGAGGAGCUUGGCGACCUCGCCGACGGCCGCAUCGAGAUCUCCUGGAACUGGGCCUCUUGA